AUGCCUGACACGGGCGAAACAUCGAUGGAAGAGUUCAAGCUGAUGGCCGACCGGGCUGGUUUGGGUAUGAGCCAGGAAGAACUGGAUCAGCUCAAACCGAUUUACGAGGUUUACGCCGCCUACGCCCGGGAACUGCACACCCUUAGCUUUGGGGCCGAGGAAAUGGUCGUGGAGUUCCAUCCCGACUGGCCGGAGUCCUAA